AUGGAAACUUCAUCUGAAGGAGCAGUGCUGACUGGGAAGGUUGAAGAAGAAAGGAAGCAGGAAACGAAUGAAGGGGAAGCAUCAGGGAGCCGGUGUGCUGCUGCCCUUGACCAUGGUGACGGCGGAUCACCUCUAACAAGGAAGAACGGCAAGCCUGACUCCCAGCAGAUUCCUGGUACAGACAGCAAAGAGCGGGAUGGUGCUUCAGCCUUGAAUAUAAAAGAAGAACAGAAAAGAGGACAUGAAAAAUGGUCUUCUGGGGACUUUGUUACUGAACUGACAUCUGAGGAGACUGAGUUGGCAGCUGAUCCAAAAGUGAAGGAUACUUGGAGUUUAAAUGAUAGCAACCCAAAUAAAGGAAGGCUUCAAGCUGAAUGUUCUGAGGCAGAAGUUACCAUACAGGAGCAAGGAAAGAAAAUUGCAGAGCUUUGGAAGCUACACGCAGGUUUGGCUGGAGACAAAGAGGAACAGCUAAAGAAACUCAACAAAAUCAUAUCAUCUCUGAAGUGUUCUUUGAACCAAAAGAAGAAUAAAAAUGAAGAAUUAGAGAGGGAGUUUACUGAAAUAAAGAAACACUUAGAAGUAAUGAGAAAAAAACUGAAUGAUCAUGAAAAUAGAGAACUUAGUUGCCAUAAAGAUUUAAAAACUAAAGAACUUGAAGUGAACACUUCAAUGGAUAUGAUGAAAAAUGAGAUCCAUGAAUUGAAAGAAAAAUGGAGAACUAUAAAUGCCAAAUAUCUAACUCUGAAUGUGCAAUUUAAAUACAUUGAGCAGGAAUUGUUAUCAAUAAAAAUAGCACAAACACUAUAUGAAAAGAUCCAUAAUGAUCAGAAAAUUCUGGAAAAAGAUGCAGUAGACAUGAAGCACCAACUACAAGAGAACAUGGCAAAAUUAGAGGAUAAAAAACAUGCAAAGUCAUUAAAAGACAGUAACAGUGAUUUGGUAAUAAGUCAAAUGGAACUCAGGAUUAAAAGUCUGGAAUCAGAGCUUAAGAAAAUGGAAGCUGGAAGAGAGUCCGAUGCAAGGAAGGUAGAGAAAUACAAGCAGUGCUGUGUUAAAGAGCGGGAACUCAGCAAGAUAUUAUCACAGAAGCUCAACAAGACUAACAGCAAACUGAGUAAAGUCAGAGCAGACACUCUGCUGGUGACAGAACAGAACAGAGCUAUGCAGAGCGCUCUUAGUACAAGACCUGUCACCGAAUGUCCUAGUGCCACAAAGCAUAACACUUGUGUAGAAUGCAAUCCUAGCUUCAUUCCAAGCAGAAACCCAGAGCCUUCUAGCUCCAUUCCUCAGCCUUCUGAGUCUAUGCGGAGGAGUCUGCUCAAGAAGCAGCAAAAAAUGGCAAAAGACAUAGCUGAAGAGGUAGACAAAGCUACAGCUGAACUUGAGUGUUGGUCCUUGGAAGCUUAUCCUUCAGGAUUUAAAUAACAAGUCAAGAUCUACUUGAGGGAGAUAACAAAAAUAUGU